AUGGCCAAAAUCGCAUCUAUAGUGUACUACCGUGUGAAACCGCGAUGGCUGAUGGUCAAGGUCGUCGACGAGAAUGGCCAGCACGGGUGGGGCGAGGCAACACUUGAAGGACACGAUCUUGCUGUUGAAGGUUGUCUGGAUGAGAUGAUACCUCGAAUCAUUGGUCAGGAAGCAAAUGACAUCGAGAAUGUCUGGCAGACAUUUUGGCGCCAUGGCUUUUACCGUGGGGGGCCGGUCUUCAUGUCAGCCAUGUCAGGAAUUGACAUUGCCUUGUGGGAUCUCAAAGGUCGCAAUCUUAAAGUCCCGAUUUACGAACUUCUAGGCGGUAAAGUGAGAAACAAAGUUCAAGUAUACUGUUGGAUCGGAGGAGAUCGCCCUUCAGACGUUGAAGCAGCAGCCAAAAAGCGUUUAGAACAAGGUCUAACGUGCGUUAAAAUGAACGCCACCGAAGAUCUUGGAUGGAUUGACUCCCCAUCCGCUCUCGAUAGUACUGUUGAGCGUCUGAAGCAAGUGAAAGCUCUUGGUCUCGACGUCGGUCUAGAUUUCCACGGACGCUGCCACAAAGCCAUGGCAAAGCAGCUUGCGAGAGCGCUAGAGCCCCAUAGACCUCUGUUCAUCGAGGAACCGAUUCUUUGUGAGCAUCCCGAGGCGAUCAAGAAGUUAUCAGACCAGACCGUUAUUCCUAUCGCAUUUGGAGAAAGGUUAUAUACCCGUUGGGAUGUGAAGCGAUUCCUUGAAGACUCAAGUGUGGAUAUUCUACAGCCCGACAUCGCUCACGCAGGAGGAAUAUCCGAAACUAAGCGCAUAGCCAACAUGGCGGAGGCAUAUGAUGUCGCCAUUGCACCACAUUGUCCCCUAGGACCAGUCGCGUUUGCAGCUUCGGUGCAGGUUGCUUUAUCGACGCCCAACUUUGCAAUCCUGGAAAUGAGUUUGGGAAUGCACUAUAACACCGAGGCAGGCGAUAUUGAUUUGCUUACCUACCUGAAGGACUCAAGUGUCUUUGACCUCGACAGUGGGCAUAUCAGAGCACCUACUGGUUAUGGACUUGGUAUUGACAUUGAUGAGGAAAUGGUGAUAAGAAUUGCAAAGGAGACGGAGCCAUGGCAGUGCAAGACAUUCCAUGGACCAGAUGGUGGGAUUCGUGAGUGGUAA